AACGUUUUUAAGGGAACUAGAAUGACAUUGGCUAUUUGUGGAGGAAAAAUGUGAUUUUUAAUGGGCAAAACCAGCUGAAAUCAGCUUUUGACUCUUAAUGAAGAGAGGUUCCAUAUGUUAAUUGCUCUCCUCUAGGUGUAACAAUGGCAGGAUAUCAGCUUUGGUCACCAUGGACUCCACUGGAUGAGAGUUUCCAGUGGCUGCGACAUACAACACCUACCCCUUCUUCCAAGCACCCCUUUAGGGCCUCUCAUUGCUUCCCACACACUCCUUCAGACCUGGAAGUGCAGCUUUGCUUCCAAGAGGUCACCCUCGUCCUAGACAACCCCUUUCUAGAACCUGGGGUGAGCCCCAAAUUGCCCUGUCACACAUCAGAGCUCCGAACGAUGAACAGUAAGAAAAGUCUCGUCAGGAAGCCUCAGCCUGUCCGCCUCAGUGGAGUGGACUCUGUCUUUGGUAGGGUCAUCACGGCUCAGCCCCCAAAGUGGACAGGGACAUUUCGAGUUUCAGACAAAUCAGCAUUUUGCAAAAUCAUCAGUCGGGAGCAUCAGUGGCCCACUGGACUAAAGGAGCCCCAAAUCCAAAUGACAGUGACUAUGUGUAAGCAGAUGUUACGGUCUAUCCUGUUACUGUAUGCAACUUACAAAAAGUGCACUUUUGCCUUACAACACUCCAAGUAAAAUUCCUCCCUGGUUUGCAGUCACACUCAUACCAUGUCCUUUGGUAAGUGUCUGGAGUUUACAGAAACUCACAUAAAGGAAACUGCAACAUCAUUGGAGCUGUCUUACCUCUUCUGUCAAGACAAGACGAUGCAGGAGUCCCCCCCACCAAAAAGGGCCGGUGACACAGAGCAAGAGAGAACGUCUUUCACUUGUAAAAUUAAACCACUUUAAAAAUGAGUCAAACUAGUACAUGUAUGCGUGAUAAUGAAGAGCAUUAAACAAACAGUAUAUACCAAAGAACACGGGGGCUGGCUUGUCAUUCUUUUAAAUUUAAGGCAAUAAAUGCUUGUAGUUUUUAAACAGUGGGAGGAGUAUAUGGUGCAUGGUCUGCUAUGUGAACAGAAGCCAGUGGCAUCAAAUCCAACACUCUGUUAGUCUGAAGGGAGAAGGGAGAGAAUCCAAAUGGGUAGAACACACCAGAUUAAAUACAUUUACACUGCAGCAUGACAGACAGGGAGGAGAGAAAAGGCAGGGAGGGGGCGGGGUCAUCUCAGCCAGGGCUGCAGGCAAAACAGGGUCCAGGCUCUCAGAAGGAAGACAUCAGAUUUCCUGU